UCUCCCUCUCGCUGCUUCACUUCACGGGGCGAACAUGGCGCACAGCUGUCGGUGGCGCUUCCCCGCCCGACCCGGGACCACCGGGGGAGGCGGCGGCGGGGGGCGCCGGGGCCUGGGGGGCGCCCCGCGGCAACGCGUCCCGGCCCUGCUGCUGCCCCCCGGGCCCCCGGUCGGCGGCAGCGGCCCCGGGGCGCCCCCCUCCCCCCCGGCUGUGGCGGCCGCGGCGGCGGCGGCGGCGGCGGCGGGAAGCGGCGGGGCUGGGGUUCCAGGGGGAGCGGCCGCCGCCUCAGCAGCCUCCUCGUCGUCCGCCUCGUCUUCGUCUUCGUCAUCGUCUUCAGCCUCCUCCGGGCCGGCCCUGCUCCGGGUGGGCCCGGGCUUCGACGCGGCGCUGCAGGUCUCGGCCGCCAUCGGCACCAACCUGCGCCGGUUCCGGGCCGUGUUUGGGGAGAGCGGCGGGGGAGGCGGCAGCGGAGAGCUAACAACACAGAUCCCAUGUAGUUGGAGAACCAAAGGCCUCAUACAUGACAAAAAGACUGAACCGUUCAGGUUACUUGCAUGGAGUUGGUGCUUAAAUGAUGAGCAGUUCUUAGGUUUUGGCUCAGAUGAAGAAGUCAGAGUACGAAGCCCCACAAGGUCUCCUUCAGUUAAAACUAGUCCUCGGAAACCACGUGGGAGACCUAGAAGUGGCUCUGACCGAAAUUCAGCAAUCCUCUCAGAUCCAUCUGUGUUUUCCCCUCUAAAUAAAUCAGAGACCAAAUCUGGAGAUAAGGUCAAGAAGAAAGAUUCUAAAAGUAUCGAAAAGAAGAGAGGAAGACCUCCCACCUUCCCUGGAGUAAAAAUCAAAAUAACACACGGAAAGGACAUUUCAGAGUUGCCAAAGGGAAACAAAGAAGAUAGCCUGAAAAAAAUUAAGCGGACACCUUCUGCUACAUUUCAGCAAGCCACAAAGAUUAAAAAAUUAAGAGCAGGUAAACUCUCUCCUCUCAAGUCUAAGUUUAAGACAGGGAAGCUUCAAAUAGGAAGGAAGGGGGUACAGAUUGUACGUCGGCGCGGAAGGCCUCCGUCGGCAGAGAGGAUCAAGACCCCGCCAGAUCUCCCCAUUAACUCCGACCUGGAAAAGCCCCAGAAGGUCAGGAAAGACAAGGAAGGAACACCUCCGCUCACAAAGGACGAUAAGACAGUGGUGAGACAGAGCCCUCGAAGGAUCAAGCCCGUCAGGAUUAUUCCUUCUUCCAAAAGGACAGAUGCGACCAUUGCUAAGCAGCUCUUGCAGAGGGCCAGGAAGGGGGCUCAGAAGAAAAUGGAAAAGGCCGCGGCGCAGCUGCAAGGGAGAAAGGCGAAGACGCAGGUCAAGCACAUCCGGCAGUUCAUCAUGCCGGUGGUCAGCGCCAUCUCCUCGCGGAUCAUUAAAACCCCCCGGCGCUUCAUCGAGGACGAGGAUUAUGACCCUCCAAUUAAAAUCGCCCGGCUGGAGUCCACGCCGAACAGCAGGUUCAGCGCCGCCUCCUGUGGCUCCUCGGAGAAGUCGAGCGCCGCCUCCCAGCACUCCUCCCAGGUGUCCUCGGACUCCUCCCGCUCCAGCAGCCCCAGCGUGGACACCUCCUCGGACUCCCAGGCCUCCGAGGAGGUGCAGGCACUUCCUGAGGCGCGGAGCGAGCCCCCCGAGGUGCACGCGCCGCUGCCGAUCCCCCAGCCCCCCAGCGACGACGGCAGCGAGCGGCGGAGCCGGCGGUUCUCGGUGUCGGAGCGGAGUUUCGGGCCCCGGGCGGCCCGGAAGCUGUCGGCCCUGCAGAGCGCGCCCCCGCCGCAGAGCUCGUCGUCGCCCCCGCCGCCGCUGCUCACGCCGCCGCCGCCGCUGCAGCCCGCGCCCGGCCUCGCCGACCACACGCCGUGGCUCCUGCCGCCCACCAUCCCGCUGGCGUCGCCCUUCCUGCCCGCGUCCGCUGCGCCCAUGCAGGGGAAGCGCAAGUCGAUCCUGCGGGAGCCCACGUUCCGCUGGACGUCCCUGAAGCACUCCCGGGCCGAGCCGCAGUACUUCUCCUCAGCCAAGUAUGCCAAAGAAGGCCUCAUCCGCAAGCCCGUCUUUGAUAACUUCCGGCCGCCUCCGCUCACGCCCGAGGACGUGGGCUUCGCGUCCGGCUUCUCCGCGUCGGGCCCCGCCGCCUCGGCCCGGCUCUUCUCGCCCCUCCACUCCGGAACCAGGUUCGAUCUGCACAAAAGGAGCCCCCUCCUCAGGGCGCCGCGGUUCACCCCGAGCGAGGCUCACUCUAGAAUAUUCGAGUCCGUGACCUUGCCUAGUAAUCGAACUUCCGCUGGAACGUCCUCCUCGGGAGUGUCUAACCGGAAACGGAAAAGGAAAGUGUUCAGCCCGAUCCGGUCAGAACCGAGGUCCCCCUCGCACUCCAUGAGGACGCGGAGCGGGAGGCUCAGCGCCUCCGAGCUGUCGCCUCUCCCCCCGCCGUCUUCUGUCUCUUCCUCGCUAAGCAUUUCUGUUGGUUCUCUUGCCACUAGUGCCUUAAACCCAACUUUUACCUUUCCUUCUCAUGCCCUGACUCAGCCCGGGGACUCCGCGGAGAAAAACCCGAGGCCGAGGAAGCAGGCUGGCGCCCCCGCGGAGCCGUUUUCGUCCGGGGGCCCCGCGCCGCUCUUCCCGUGGUUCACCCCGGGCUCGCAGACUGAAAGAGGGAGAAACAAAGACAAGGCCCCGGAGGAGCUGUCCAAAGACCGCGACGCUGACAGGAGCGUGGAGAAGGACAAGAGUAGAGAGAGGGACCGGGAGAGAGAAAAAGAGAAUAAGCGGGGCUCCAGGAAAGAGAAAAGGAAAAAGGGAUCAGAAAUUCAGAGUAGCUCUGCUUUGUAUCCCGUGGGUAGGGUUUCCAAAGAGAAGGUUGUUGGUGAAGAUGUUGCCACUUCAUCUUCUGCCAAGAAAGCCACAGGGCGGAAGAAGUCUUCAUCGCUUGAUUCUGGGACUGAUAUUGCUUCUGUGACUCUUGGGGAUACAACAGCUGUCAAAACCAAAAUACUUAUAAAGAAAGGGAGAGGAAAUCUGGAAAAAAACAACUUGGACCUCGGCCCAACUGCCCCUUCCCUGGAGAAGGAGAAAACCCUCUGCCUUCCCACUCCUUCAUCUAGCACUGUUAAACAUUCCACUUCCUCCAUAGGCUCCAUGUUGGCUCAGGCAGACAAGCUUCCAAUGACUGACAAGAGGGUUGCCAGCCUCCUAAAAAAGGCCAAAGCCCAGCUCUGCAAGAUUGAGAAGAGCAAGAGUCUCAAACAGACUGACCAGCCCAAAGCACAGGGUCAAGAAAGUGACUCAUCGGAGACAUCUGUGCGUGGACCCCGGAUUAAACACGUCUGCAGAAGAGCUGCUGUUGCCCUGGGCCGAAAACGAGCUGUAUUUCCUGAUGACAUGCCCACCCUGAGUGCCUUACCAUGGGAAGAACGAGAAAAGAUUUUGUCUUCCAUGGGGAAUGAUGACAAGUCAUCAAUUGCUGGCUCAGAAGAUGCUGAACCUCUUGCUCCGCCCAUCAAACCAAUUAAACCUGUCACCAGAAACAAGGCGCCGCAGGAACCUCCCGUAAAGAAAGGACGGCGAUCAAGGCGCUGUGGGCAGUGUCCCGGCUGCCAGGUGCCCGAGGACUGUGGCGUGUGUACCAACUGCCUGGAUAAGCCCAAGUUCGGUGGCCGCAACAUAAAGAAACAGUGUUGCAAGAUGAGAAAAUGUCAGAAUCUGCAAUGGAUGCCUUCGAAAGCCUACCUUCAGAAGCAAGCAAAAGCUGUGAAAAAGAAAGAGAAAAAGUCUAAGACCAGUGAAAAGAAAGAGAGCAAAGAGAGCAUUGCUGUGAAGAACGUGGUGGACCCUAGUCAGAAACCUACCCCAUCAGCCAGAGAGGAUCCUGCCCCCAAGAAAAGCAACAGUGAGCCUCCUCCUCGAAAGCCUGUUGAGGAAAAGAGUGAGGAAGGGAGCGCCUCUGCCCCAGGGCCUGAAUCCAAACAAGUUACCACUGCAGCCUCUAGGAAGUCCAGCAAGCAGGCCUCCCAGCCAGUGCCAGCCGUCCCCCUACAGCCGCCCAGCACAACACCGCCGAGGAAAGAAGUUCCCAAAACCACUCCCAGUGAGCCCAAGAAGAAGCAGCCUCCACCGUCCGAGUCAGGUCCAGAACAAAGCAAGCAGAAAAAAGUGGCUCCUCGCCCAAGUAUUCCUGUAAAACAAAAACCAAAAGAAAAGGAAAAACCACCUGCGGUCAGUAAGCAGGAGAAUGCAGGCACUUUGAACAUCCUCAGCACUCUUUCCACUGGCAACAGUUCUAAGCAAAAAAUCCCAGCAGAUGGAGUCCACAGGAUCAGAGUGGACUUUAAGGAGGAUUGCGAAGCAGAAAAUGUGUGGGAGAUGGGAGGCUUGGGAAUCUUGACCUCUCUUCCUAUAACACCCAGGGUGGUUUGCUUUCUCUGUGCCAGUAGUGGGCACGUAGAGUUUGUGUAUUGCCAAGUCUGUUGUGAGCCCUUCCACAAGUUUUGUUUAGAGGAGAGCGAGCGCCCCCUGGAGGACCAGCUGGAAAAUUGGUGUUGUCGCCGCUGCAAGUUCUGUCACGUGUGUGGAAGGCAGCACCAGGCUACAAAGCAGCUGCUGGAGUGUAAUAAGUGCCGAAACAGCUAUCACCCUGAGUGCCUGGGACCAAACUACCCCACCAAACCCACGAAGAAGAAGAAAGUCUGGAUCUGUACCAAGUGUGUUCGCUGCAAGAGCUGUGGAUCCACAACUCCAGGCAAAGGGUGGGACGCACAGUGGUCUCAUGAUUUUUCACUGUGCCAUGACUGUGCCAAACUCUUUGCUAAAGGAAACUUCUGCCCUCUGUGUGAUAAGUGUUACGAUGAUGAUGACUAUGAAAGUAAGAUGAUGCAAUGUGGGAAAUGUGAUCGCUGGGUCCAUUCCAAGUGUGAGAAUCUUUCAGGUACAGAAGAUGAGAUGUAUGAGAUCCUGUCCAAUCUGCCAGAGAGCGUGGCCUACACAUGUGUGAACUGUACUGAGCGGCACCCCGCCGAGUGGCGCCUGGCCCUGGAAAGGGAGCUACAGGUAUCUCUGAAGCAAGUUCUGACAGCCUUGCUGAACUCCCGGACCACCAGCCACUUGCUGCGCUACCGACAAGCGGCCAAGCCUCCAGACUUAAAUCCUGAGACGGAGGAAAGUCUCCCUUCCCGCAGCUCCCCGGAGGGCCCUGACCCCCCGGUGCUUACUGAGGUCAGCAAGCAGGAAGACCAGCAGCCUUUAGAUCUGGAAGGAGUCAAGAGGAAAAUGGACCAAGAGAAUUACACCUCUGUGUUGGAGUUCAGUGAUGAUAUCGUGAAGAUCAUUCAAGCAGCCAUUAAUUCAGAUGGAGGGCAGCCAGAGAUUAAAAAAGCCAACAGCAUGGUCAAGUCCUUCUUUAUUCGGCAAAUGGAACGUGUUUUUCCAUGGUUCAGUGUCAAGAAGUCCAGGUUUUGGGAGCCAAAUAAAGUUUCAAGCAACAGUGGGAUGUUACCAAACGCAGUGCUUCCACCUUCACUUGACCAUAAUUAUGCUCAGUGGCAGGAGCGAGAGGAAAACAGCCACACUGAGCAGCCUCCUUUAAUGAAGAAAAUCAUUCCAGCUCCCAAACCUAAAGGGCCUGGAGAACCAGACUCACCAACUCCUCUGCAUCCUCCUACACCCCCAAUUUUGAGUACUGAUAGGAGUCGAGAAGAUAGUCCAGAACUGAACCCACCCCCAGGCAUAGAAGAUAAUAGACAGUGUGCAUUAUGUUUAAUGUAUGGUGAUGAUAGUGCUAAUGAUGCUGGCCGUUUGCUCUACAUCGGCCAGAAUGAAUGGACUCAUGUGAAUUGCGCUUUGUGGUCAGCAGAAGUGUUUGAAGAUGAUGACGGAUCGCUGAAGAACGUGCAUAUGGCUGUGAUCAGGGGCAAGCAGUUGCGAUGUGAAUUCUGCCAAAAGCCGGGAGCCACUGUGGGUUGCUGCCUCACAUCCUGCACGAGCAACUACCACUUCAUGUGUUCCCGAGCCAAGAACUGUGUCUUCCUGGAUGAUAAGAAAGUGUAUUGCCAGCGACAUCGGGAUUUGAUCAAAGGCGAGGUGGUUCCUGAGAAUGGGUUUGAAGUCUUUCGAAGAGUGUUUGUGGAUUUUGAAGGAAUCAGCUUGAGAAGGAAGUUUCUCAAUGGCUUGGAACCAGAAAAUAUCCACAUGAUGAUUGGCUCCAUGACAAUUGACUGCUUAGGACUCCUGAAUGAUCUCUCCGACUGUGAGGAUAAGCUCUUUCCUAUCGGAUAUCAGUGUUCCAGGGUGUACUGGAGCACCACAGACGCUCGCAAGCGCUGCGUAUACACCUGCAAGAUAGUCGAAUGCCGUCCUCCAGUUGUAGAGCCAGAUAUCAAUAGCACAGUUGAACACGAUGAAAAUAGGACCAUUGCUCAUAGUCCAACAUCUUUUGCAGAAAUUUCAUCUAAAGAAAAUCAAAACACAGCUGAAAGGAUAAGUCCUCCAUCACCAGACCGACCUCCUCAUUCCCAGACCUCCAGCUCCUGUUUUUAUCAUGUCAUCUCAAAGGUCCCUAGGCUUCGAACACCCAGUUAUUCUCCAACACAGAGAUCCCCUGGCUGUCGGCCAUUGCCUUCUGCAGGAAGUCCCACCCCAACCACUCAUGAAAUAGUCACAGUGGGUGACCCAUUACUCUCCUCUGGGCUUCGAAGCAUCGGCUCCAGGCGUCACAGUACUUCUUCCUUGUCACCCCAACGGUCUAAGCUCCGGAUAAUGUCGCCAUUGAGAACCGGGAGUACUUACUCCAGAAAUAGUGUUUCCUCGGUCUCCACCCUAGGGGCGGCUACAGAUCUCGAGUCAGGUGCCAAAGCAGUUGAUCAUGUCUUAGGGCCUCUGAAUUCAAAUACGAAUUCAGGGCAAACCACUCCCACCGCUUCACAUUUGCAAAGGACAGUGGCCACUAUGGGCACCAAAACCAGUCACUUGGAUGGCUUUUCGUCUUUGGAAGUGAAGCAUCCUAGUGCUUCCGACUUGGCAUCCAAGAGCUCCUCUUUGAAGGGAGAGAAGACGAAAAUGCCGAGUUCCAAAAAUUCUGAGGGGUCCACACAUAACGUGGCUUACCCUGGCAUUCCUAAAUUGGCCCCACAGAUUCAUAGUACAGCAUCUGGAGAAUUAAACGUUAGCAAAAUUGGCACUUUUGCUGAACUCUCUUCAGUGCCAUUUUCUUCUAAAGAGCCCCUCUCCUUCCCACCACUCCAUUUGAGAGGACAAAGGAAUGAUCGAGACCAACAUAUGGAUUCUAACCCAUCAGCCAACCCCCCUCCUGAUGAAGAUACUGAAGGCAAAACCUUGAAGCUGUCUGGAGUGAGCAACAGAUCAUCCAUUAUCAAUGAACACGUGGGGUCUAGUUCCAGGGACAGGAGACAGAAAGGGAAAAAAUCUUGUAAAGAAACUUUCAAAGAAAAGCAUUCCAAUAAGUCUUUUUUGGAACCUGGUCAGGUGACAGCUGGUGAGGACGGAAACCUAAAGCCAGAGUUUGUUGAUGAAGUUUUGACUCCUGAGUUUAUGGGGCAGCGACCGUGUAAUAAUGUUUCUUCUGAUAAGACUGGGGACAAAGGCCUUUCUAGUCCAGGAGCCCCCAAAGCUCCAUCCAUGCAAGUAGAAGGACCUGCCAAGGAAUCACAGACGCCCCGGAAACGCACAGUCAAAGUAACUCUGACGCCUCUAAAAAUGGAAAGUGAGGGUCAAUCCAAGAACACCCUGAAAGAAAACAGUCCUGGCUCCCCUUUGCAAAUAGAGGCAGCAUCUCUGGCAGAGCCAGCGUCUGCCUCUGAAAGUCCAGGAGAAGGUCCGGUGGCCCAGCCAAGCCCCAAUAAUACCUCAUCCCAGGAUUCUCAAAGUAACAGCUUUCAGAAUCUUCCAGUACAGGAGAGAAACCUUCUGCUUCCCGAUGGCCCCAAACCUCAGGAAGAUGGCUCUUUCAAGAGGAGAUACCCCCGCCGCAGUGCCCGGGCGCGUUCUAACAUGUUCUUUGGGCUCACCCCGCUGUAUGGAGUAAGAUCCUAUGGUGAAGAAGACAUUCCGUUCUACAGCAGCUCCUCCGGGAAGAAGCGAGGCAAGAGGUCAGCUGAAGGACAGGUGGACGGGGCUGAUGACCUAAGCACUUCUGAUGAAGACGACUUAUACUAUUACAAUUUCACUAGAACAGUGAUCUCUUCAGGCGGAGAGGAACGGCUGGCGUCCCAUAAUUUAUUCCGGGAGGAGGAACAGUGUGAUCUUCCGAAAAUUUCACAGCUGGAUGGUGUUGAUGACGGGACAGAGAGUGACACUAGUGUCUCAGCCACAACAAGGAAAGGCAGCCAGAUUCCAAAAAGGAACGGUAAGGAAAAUGGGACAGAGAGCUUAAAGCUCGACCGGCCGGAAGAUGCCGGGGAGAAGGAGCAUGUCAUCAAGAGUUCCGUUGGCCACAAAAAUGAGCCAAAGAUGGAUAACUGCCACUCUGUGGGCCGGGUUAAAGCCCAGGGACAGGAGUCCUUGGAAGCUCAGCUCAGCUCAUUGGAGUCGAGCCGCAGAGUCCACACAAGCACCCCCUCGGACAAAAACUUGCUAGACACCUACAAUACCGAGCUCCUGAAAUCCGAUUCAGAUAAUAACAACAGUGAUGACUGUGGGAAUAUCCUGCCCUCGGACAUAAUGGACUUUGUGCUAAAGAAUACUCCAUCCAUGCAGGCUUUGGGCGAGAGCCCGGAGUCCUCUUCUUCAGAACUCCUGAAUCUCGGUGAAGGUUUGGGUCUUGAUAGUAAUCGUGAAAAAGACAUGGGUCUUUUUGAAGUGUUUUCUCAGCAGUUGCCCACUGCGGAGCCUGUGGACAGCAGUGUCUCUUCCUCUAUCUCAGCAGAGGAGCAGUUCGAGCUGCCUCUAGAGCUCCCAUCCGAUCUCUCUGUCCUGACCACCCGGAGCCCCACAGUCCCUAGCCAGAAUCCCAGUAGACUAGCUGUCAUCUCAGACUCAGGAGAGAAGAGAGUGACCAUCCCAGAAAAAUCUGUGGCCGCCUCCGAAGGUGACUCAGCUCUGCUGAGCCCAGGAGUAGAUCCAGCCCCCGAAGGCCACAUGACCCCCGAUCAUUUCAUCCAAGGACACAUGGACGCAGACCACAUCUCCAGCCCUCCCUGUGGUUCAGUGGAGCAAGGUCAUGGCAACAGUCAGGAUUUAACUAGAAACAGUAGCACCCCUGGCCUUCAGGUACCUGUUUCCCCUACCGUUCCUAUCCAGAACCAGAAAUAUGUGCCCAAUUCUACUGAUAGCCCUGGCCCAUCUCAGAUUUCCAAUGCGGCUGUCCAGACCACUCCACCCCACCUGAAACCAGCCACUGAGAAACUCAUUGUUGUUAACCAGAACAUGCAGCCGCUUUAUGUGCUCCAAACUCUUCCAAAUGGCGUGACCCAAAAAAUCCAAUUGACCUCUUCUGUUAGUUCUACACCCAGUGUGAUGGAGACAAAUACUUCAGUACUGGGGCCCAUGGGAAGUGGUCUCACCCUGACCACAGGACUAAAUCCGAGCUUGCCAGCUUCUCAGUCUCUGUUCCCUCCUGCUAGCAAAGGACUGCUCCCCAUGCCUCAUCACCAGCACCUGCACACCUUCCCUGCACCUACUCACAGUAGUUUCCCACCUAACAUCAGCAGUCCUCCUUCAGGCCUACUUAUUGGGGUUCAGCCUCCAGAUCCCCAACUUUUGGUUUCAGAAGCCAGCCAGAGGACAGACCUCACUACCACAGUAGCCACUCCAUCCUCUGGACUCAAGAAAAGACCCAUAUCUCGUCUACAGACCCGAAAGAAUAAAAAACUUGCUCCCUCUAGUACCCCUUCAAACAUUGCCCCUUCCGAUGUGGUGUCCAACAUGACACUGAUUAACUUCACACCCUCCCAGCUUCCAAAUCAUCCCAAUCUCUUAGAUUUGGGGUCACUUAAUACUUCAUCUCACCGAACUGUCCCCAACAUCAUAAAAAGGUCUAAAUCUGGCAUCAUGUAUUUUGAACAGGCACCCCUGUUACCACAGAGUGUGGGAGGAACUGCUGCCGUGGCGGCGGGCACGUCAACAAUAAGCCAGGAUACUAGCCACCUCACAUCAGGGCCUGUGUCCGGCCCGGCGUCCAAUUCCUCCGUCUUGAAUGUUGUGUCCAUGCAAACUACAGCCCCUACAAGUAGCACGUCUGUUCCGGGACAUGUUGCAUUGACCAACCCCAGGAUGCUUGGUACCCCAGAUAUGGGCUCAAUAAGCAAUCUUUUAAUCAAAGCUAGCCAGCAGAACCUGGGGAUUCAGGACCAACCUGUGGCUUUACCGCCAAGUUCAGGACUGUUUCCACAAAUGGGGACAUCGCAGACUCCCUCUGCUGCUGCCAUACCAGCAACCUCUAGCAUCUGUGUGCUCCCCUCUUCUCAGACCCCGGGCCUCCCAGCUGCUGCACCUUCCAGGGAAGCAGAAGAGCAUUAUCGCCUUCAGCACGUGAACCAGCUCCUUGCCAGCAAAACCGGGGUUCUCUCUGCCCAGCGUGAUCUUGAUUCUGCUCCGGGGACCCAGGGGUCCAGCUUCACCCAGACGGUUGAUGCUCCAAAUAGCAUGGGGCUAGAGCAGAGCAAAGCUUUGUCCUCAGCUGGGCAGGCCGGCUCAGCCUCUCCUGGGGGCUCUCCGUCCUCUGGACAGCAGGCAGCAAGCCCCUCGGGGCCGGGUCCCACUAAACCCAAACCAAAAAUCAAGCGGAUUCAGCUGCCUUUGGACAAAGGGAAUGGCAAGAAGCACAAAGCUUCCCAUUUGCGGACCAGUUCUGAAGCACACAUUCCAGACCAAGAGGCCAACCCGACGUCCCUGACCUCAGUCACAGGGACUCCAGGAGCAGAGGCGGAGCAGCAGGAUACCGCAAAUGCGGAGCAGUCCUCCCAAAAGGAGUGUGGGCAGCCUGCAGGGCAAGUGGCUAUUCUUCCUGAGAUUCAAACAGCACAGAAUCCAGCAAAUGAACAAGAAAGUACAGAACCCAAGGCCGUGGAGGAGGAAGAAAGGGACUUCAGCUCUCCGCUGAUGCUUUGGCUCCAGCAAGAACAGAAGCGGAAGGAAAGCAUCGCUGAGAAAAAGCCCAAGAAAGGACUUGUUUUUGAAAUUUCAAGUGAUGAUGGCUUUCAGAUCUGUGCAGAAAGUAUUGAAGAUGCCUGGAAGUCACUGACAGAUAAAGUCCAGGAAGCUCGGUCAAACGCCCGCCUAAAGCAGCUCUCGUUUGCAGGUGUUAAUGGCUUGCGGAUGCUUGGGAUUCUCCACGAUGCAGUUGUGUUCCUGAUUGAGCAGCUGUCCGGUGCCAAGCACUGCAGGAAUUACAAGUUCCGGUUCCACAAGCCAGAAGAUGCCGACGAACCCGCCCUGAACCCCCAUGGCUCAGCCAGGGCUGAAGUCCACCUGAGGCAAUCGGCAUUUGACAUGUUUAACUUCCUGGCUUCCAAACAUCGGCAGCCCCCUGAAUACAGCCCCAAUGACGAAGAGGAGGAGGAGGUCCAGCUCAAGUCCGCACGGAGGGCAACCAGCAUGGAUCUGCCAAUGGCCAUGCGUUUCCGGCACCUAAAAAAGACUUCUAAGGAGGCAGUUGGUGUCUACAGGUCUCCCAUCCAUGGCCGGGGUCUUUUUUGUAAGAGGAACAUUGAUGCAGGUGAGAUGGUGAUUGAGUAUGCUGGCAACGUCAUCCGUUCCAUCCAGACUGAUAAGCGGGAAAAGUACUAUGACAGCAAGGGCAUCGGCUGCUACAUGUUCCGAAUCGAUGACUCGGAGGUAGUGGACGCCACCAUGCACGGAAACGCCGCUCGCUUCAUCAAUCACUCGUGUGAGCCUAACUGCUACUCUCGAGUCAUCAAUAUCGAUGGGCAGAAGCACAUUGUCAUCUUUGCUAUGCGCAAGAUCUACCGCGGGGAGGAACUCACAUACGACUAUAAGUUCCCCAUCGAGGAUGCCAGCAACAAGCUCCCCUGUAACUGUGGUGCCAAGAAGUGCCGGAAGUUCCUGAACUAAAGCUGCUCUUUGCCCAGGGCUGGAGCACUCGGACCCAGGGCCAGCCAGAGCAGUGCUGAAGGCCUUUGCCCGCAGCGAAGCACUCCAGGAUGGGGGGCCACUGCCGGGGGGGCCCCGUGACGGCUGGGCUCCCUUAUGUCCCAUAGUCACAUCACACAUGUGAUCAUAGCCCUGGAGAGGGGAUGAGGUCUUGGAGGAAAGAUCCACGAUUGGCUUUCCGUGGGGGCCCCCCUAACUGUAUGCCAUGAGAAAGCGGGAACCGGGGUCCCUAGCGGACUUGCCUGGCAGGAGUCUCUAGAGGGUUAGUUGUGUUGGGAGAUCGGGCCCGAGCAUCUCAGAGAGAAGGCGCCAUCCCACCGUGGCCCAUUCCCAAGCGCCGCGAGCGAGGUCAGGCAGAGCCCCAACUGGAGGGUCGCUUGGGUACCCGGUGGUUUGCCCACCUGGCCCAGCCUGUAGCCGUCUGUUGAACAAACAGAGGUCUGGUGGUUUUCCCUACCAUCCUGCUACUUGAGAGUUCACUUCUGCUGGGGAGACAGGAUUCUUAGCACCUUCGGUGUCAAAAGGCUGUCUUGGGGUUGUGCCAACUAAUCACCAGACAUCGAGCCUGUAGGCUUCAAGCGCGAGUGUCAUCCCCAGGAGCCGUACCUCCGCCAAACCCCUUCCUUGACGGUGGGAGCAGCUUCCCUCUCAUUCCUUCUCUUCACUCCACUUUCUUCGUCUCCCCUCUUCAUCCCACUGCUUUCCCGUUCUUCCUGGGUGGUAGGGGAGAGUGACUCCCUGCUCAAGGACAACCCCUGUGGGCACAGCGUGUGCCCGCACACCGUUCCCUGAGCCUGGAAGCACUCCCAGUGGGGAAGUGGACAGGAGCCACUGGCCAGAACCAGACAGGACUUGGAGAAGUUUCAUGAAGCUCCACUGAGCGUGUUAAAGACAUACGCGUAGCAUGAUUUUCUAGAAGAGGAAAAAGAUUAUUUAACUAGGAUUUGAACCAUGCAACAAGCAGAGUAUCCCAACCAGGAGGACCCCUGGACCCCAUUCCUAGGAUCUGUUAACUUUAUUUCCCCCUUGUUAAGACAUAGGAAGACUUAACUUUUAAAUGGUCAGUGUCCAGUUGAAGGCAGAACACUAAUCAGAUUUCAUGGCCCAAAACUUGGGGACUAGACCACCUUGUGUUGAGGGACCUCUGCCACCUGCACAGAACCCAUGGAUAAAGUACAUUGAAUGACACUACUGCCCGGCUCCGCCUUAGGAUGUGGUCCAAAGGCAUCGGAUGAUUCUCUUCCUUUCCCCAACACUGUCCUGAACCUGUUAAAUUAAGUCAUUGGAUUUUACUCUGUUCUGUUUACAGUUUACUAUUUAAGGUUUUAUAAAUGUAAAUAUAUUUUGUAUAUUUUUCUAUGAGAAGCACUUCAUAGGGAGAAGCACUUAAUGACAAGGCUAUUUUUUAAACCGCGGUAUUAUCCUAAUUUAAAAGAAGAUCGGUUUUUAAUAAUUUUUUAUUUUCAUAGGAUGAAGUUAGAGAAAAUAUUCAGCUGUACACACAAAGUCUGGUUUUUCCUGCCCAACUUCCCCCUGGAAGGUGUACUUUUGUUGUUUAAUGUGUAGCUUGUUUGUGCCCUGUUGACAUAAACGUCUCUUUCCUGGGUUUGCUCUUUGACAAUAAAUGGAAAAGGAAGGUCACCCAACUCUGCUGGGCCACUCCCCUCCUUCCCACACUGAAGCUCCUCGGAAGGCUGUCCUAGUCUCUUGACACAGCAGUUUCUCCUCUUCUUUCUCACACUGCCUCUCUCCUUUCUGGCACCAGCGCAGAGUGGCAAGAGGUGGCAAUCUCCAUUCCCCUCAUCUUCCCUACUUCAGAGUUAAGAACCAAGUUGAAUGGCAACCUGACAUUUCCCGUCACCAUCUGCCUCAUAGUUCACCUCGUUCCCUUUCCCUCCGCCCACCAAGUCCUCAUACCUUCAAAGAACCCGUGGAUCCCGCAUGCCCUCUUUUGGGGCAGCCCCUUGAAACUGAAGCACAGUCUGACCACUCACAAUAAAGCAGAUCUUCCUCUGCCUGUCAGGCCACUAGGUUUCAGAGCAGUGUAGUCCAGUAGAGGGAGGGGCCCCCUUUUCCCGCCGCAAGGAGCCCAUUCCUUUGGAAGUCUAGCAAAGCAAUACGACUCAGCCCAGCGCUCUCUGCCCCAGGACUCAUGGCUCUGCUGUGCCUUCCAUCCUGGGCUCCCUGUUACUCUGUGACCUUAAGAACUUUGUCUGGUGGCUUUGCUGGAACAUUGUCACUGUUUUCACUGUCCUGCAGGGAGCCCAGCACUGUGGCCAGGAUGGCAGACUUCCUUGUCAUGGAGAAGUGCCAGCAGGGGCCUGGGGAAAAGCACUCUACCCAGACCUCACCUCCCUUCCUCCUCUUGCCCAAGAACAAGAUACAGUGGCCCUAGGGGUCCCACUAGUGUCUGCUUUCCUUUAUUAUUGCACUGUGUGAGGUUUUUUUGUAAAUCGUUUAAUUCCUUUUUUUUUUUUUUUUAAGAAAAAACCUUAAGCUGCAUUUGUUACUGAAACGAUUAAUGCACUGAUGGGUCAUGAAUUCACCUUGAGAGACCCAAAGGCCAGUCAGGGGGUGGGGGAAAAUUCAGCUAAACAGACCUAGUUACUGCCCUGCUAGGCCAUGCUGUACUGUGAGCCCCCGCCUCACUCUACCAGUCCCCAACCCCACGGCGGGGGAGGGGGGCCGCAUCCUUCUCCUGCCAGCUGCAGACGGCUCGCCUUACCUGUCACUCCCUGUCAGCCACAGAAAACGAGCAAUUCCUCCUGACGCUCAGCCUUGAGUCCAUUGCCAAAAUUCAGCAUACCUGCCAGCACCUUGGGGACUAAGCUAAGGUUUCCCUACAAGAGGGACAGAAGGCAAAAGGCAGCACAGCUAAUCUCCAAAACGCUUGAGUUCGUUUUGAAAGUGACCAAGGGAGGCUUUGCACAAAAGUGCAGACUGAGGAACUGUGGUGGGUCAUUCCCAAGAAUCCCCCAAGGGGCACCCAGAUCCCUGAGGAGUACCAGCUGCAAACCUGGUGGGUACUUGGCGAGCCAGCCCACUUAGAGCUUUGCUGCUAGAACCCGUUGUGGCUGCAUUUCCUGGUGGCCAGUGACAACUGUGUAACCAGAAGAGCUGCAUGGCGCUGACCCUUUGGCCGGAACUCGGUCCCUUGGCUCCCUCUGCCCCCGUCCACCGCCUCCAGCACAGCCCCUCCCGUCUCUAGACCCAUAACAAGACGUGUGGGGGAAGCCCAGGCAGCUGUAUGUAAGUUUUCAGCCAGGCUCCUUUGCUGGGAUCCAGUCUACCACCCCGCUUGCCUCUGUCAAACCCCCCCGGCCAAUGCAGUGAGCACCAUGCAGCCCCCUUGAUUUAAAAUGUUUAUGUACACAACAAAAAACAAAAAAAUAUCUUUUAAUGAAUGUAUCUCUCUAAAGGACUGACGUUCAAUCAAGUAUAUAAAAAUACUAAAGGUCAAAACCUUGUCAGAUGUUAACUUCUAAGUUUAAUUUGAGGUUUUUUUAAAAAAAAAUCACGUUUUGGGGUUUUUUUGUUUUUGUUUUUUUUUUAAAGGAAAAGCGGGUCAUUGCAAAGGGCUGGGUGUAAUUUUGUGUUUCAUUUCCUUCAUUUUCAAGCAAUACAAGGUUAUAAGCAGACGGUUUUGUGCCGAAUCAUGAAUACCAGUCGACUCUCUGAAAACUUGCAACUUUUUUUGUUUUGGUUUUCAAAUAAUUAUAAAUAUGAUAUAUAUAGGAAUUAAUAUAGUAAUGCACCAUGUAACGAAGCCUAGUUCAGUCCAUGGCUUUUAAUUCUCUUAACACUAUAGAUAAGGAUUGUGUUACAGUUGCUAGUAGUGGCAGGAAAAGUCAGUCUUGUGCUCCUCUGAUCCCCCAAAAUGGGGGGACACCCACACCUUAAAGGGAUGGUAGAACGUCCAUUCCCAGGAUCAGAGAGAAAUGCAGAAAUGGGGUCACCUGGAUUUUUUUCUGCCGUGAGUGUUGCCAGUCAGUACCUGUACCCCUUGUUUCUCUACUUUUGGUUAUGAAUGUUGGGGUUACCACCUGCAUUUAGGGGAAAAUUGUGUUCUGUGCUUUCCUGGUAUCUUGUUCCCAGGUACUCUAGUUCUGUCUUUCAACCAAGAAAAUAGACUUGUGGUGUUUCUUUUAUUGAACUUUUAACAGUCUCUUUAGUAAAUACAGGUAGUUGAAUAAUUGUUUCAAAAGCUCAACAGAUGACAAGCUUCUUUUCUAGAAAUAAGACAUUUCUUGACAACUUUAUCAUGUAUAACAGAUCUUUUGGUUUUUUUCUUUGUGUUCUUCCAAGCUUCUGGUUAGAGAAAAAAAGGAAAAA